AAGAAACAUCCAUUCACUCCACUCGAUCAGCCUCUCGCGCUCGUGCGGUUCCACGCUACUCGCAUCUCCACCCCGACCCACGGCGGUGGCACCGUUCCCUCCCACGGACAUGUGGGCCCUCAACACGAAGGCCGGCGGGACGUGCCUCCCGCCGAUUCGCCCCGCCCCCGCCGCCCGGGCCGGGAAGCCCUUCGCCGCCGCCACCGGCAAGGCGGGCCCGUGCUCCGCGUGGCGGAGGCGCGGCCCGGCGGUGAGGCCGCUCGUGGCGGUGCGCGCGUCGGGGAGGAGAGGCGAGGGCGGGGCCGCCGGCGGCGGCGGCGACGAGGAAGCCGAGAGCAAGGCAUCCUCUUUCGGAAGUGGCGAUGCAUCUGUUCCAACAGGAGAUAGCUCCGAUGGAUUGAACAAACCACCUGAUGAAUCAAAAUCUACUGAGCCAAUUAAUAUUUCGAACAGCAAUUACUGGAGAGAUGUCAGAGCGAACCUUGUGCGUCGGGAACAGGAGCUAUUAGUAGAUCCAAGUGUUCCUGCAGAGUCAAAGGCAUCCUUCGGAGAAGCAGCACACCAGCUUCCUCAGAAGUGGGCUCACCCUAUUACAAUGCCGGAGGCAGGGUGUGUGUUGGUAGCUACUGAGGUGCUGGAUGACGACAGCGUCUUCGAAAGAACUGUUAUUCUCCUGCUCAGACUUGGGUCGAGAGGUACCUUUGAUGGCCCAUUUGGGGUCAUCCUAAACCGUCCACUUUACACGAAGAUCAAGAAUGUGAAUCCAUCAUCAUUCCAAGACCAAACAACCCCUUUCGGCGACUGCGCCCUCUUCUUCGGAGGCCCCGUCGACAUGAGCAUGUUCUUGGUACGUACUAAAGACAGCUCACGUCUGAAGGGGUUUGAGGAGGUGAUACCAGGCAUCUGCUUCGGCUUUCGAACAGAGCUGGAGAAGGCUGGUGUUCUGAUGAAGAGUGGUGCGAUCAAGACCGAGGAUCUGAGAUUCUUCGUGGGGCAUGCAGCCUGGGACUACGAGCAGCUCCUGAGCGAGAUCAGGGCGGGAUACUGGGCUGUUGCUUCCUGUAGCACGGAGCUGAUCAGUGACGCGGUGUCAACGGACCCGUCUUGCCUCUGGACCGAGAUACUGCAGCUGAUGGGAGGGCAUUACUCGGAGCUCAGCCAGAAACCGAAGCAAGACAGUUCGUAGGUGUCGCUCCGCACGCAAUUGCGACACAGCUAUUGUUGUUGCCAAUCUGUACAUAAUUGGAACCAGUGUACACGUCUCAAAUGGAAAGUCGUUUACGGCGUAAAUGCUAUGACUCGUUCGUACUGUAAUAAGCUUUGUACAGUCGGCCCAUAGGCGAAGUAUCCAGUGAAAACAGGUUUUCACUGGAAAUCUGGAAACUUUUUCCUUCA